CUCGGGGGUUGUUCGCAUAAAGUUACGGAUUGACUGACGUUGAGUUUGUGCGGGGAUUAGUGCGAAUAUAUUUUUGGAUCUCGCACCCCGUCGAUAAUCGCCAUUUUGUCCGAUACCGACGGAACUUGAUCACCUGUCUGUUCUAUUUGCUGGCGAUUGUGAUGUCACAGAUAAUAAAAUUCGAAAACGACGACGUACAAUAUGUUUUGGGGGGCGGUGAAUUGGUUCUGGACUCGUCACAGCUCACCGAGGACGUCGUGUAUUCGGAUGGGUCCCAAACAAUUGUGGUGAAUGGUCACUUCCUCCAAAGCGAUGGACAACAAACUAUUGUCUUGCACGAAGGAGAUGACAUAACUCAAUAUUACAUCAACAAUGAGAACGGAACUUAUUCGCAGGUUGCGGAUCAGGCAAACAAAUGUUUCUCCGAGGUUCUUAUUACUGACAACAAUGAAUUGGAAGGUAUUGCUUCGAUGGAAGAUGGGAACAUUGUGCAAUACGUGGAAGACGAGGAUAAUUCCCAAGGCGACGUGAUUUACAUCACUGAUGACCAACAAUUAAUCACAAUGCCUGAGUUUAAGGUCAAGAAUCUGGAACAAGACAAUGUGAACUGUGAUCCUCAGAUUGUUGAUAUUGAUGACUUAAUACAACAACAACAGAGUGAGGGAGAAACUGGUGUAAUGAGCAACAGCACUGAAUAUCAAUAUGCCAUCCUAAAAGACGGCAAGCUCCACAUCCAGACCUACGACCCGGACGCGAUAGUCGAGAACACCUACGAAGAACCAGAAAACAGCAGUGAAGACUUGGACCUGUCAAAGAUCACAGGGAAAAACUUAAUAACCGGCCAAACUGUAACCCUGCAUGGUUACAUCGACAAGUUACAACGCAAAAACGUCGAAAUGUUGGCCACCAAUACGAACCACAGGAGGCAGAAGAACGAUCUCGACAAGCUGCUGCACAAGAAGCUGAUGCUGUGCAAGACCAACGACGGCAAACGGUUGGUCGGCAAGAUCAUACAUGUGGAGAAGAACUCGCGAAAGCCGGAGGCGAACGGGACGCCACAGGUGGUGGAGCCGGAACCGGUGGCUGCGAGCACCGGGGCUGAGGCGAUGGUGCACAGGGUCGAAGAGUUUGCUGAGGAUGAGCUGAUCGUCGACAGUGCUUUGAAUGAAGACUCAAUAGAAGAAACUGUGAUAGAAGAACCGAAAUUGGAUGAAACCAUAGGCCCCGAAUCCGAGGACAUGGAACACAUAUCACGCACACUAGCCGGCCUCAUGGACAUGGACACAGUGAAGAAGAAGCUGUUCUCCCGCAUCAUAAGAGUGCGACUCAUUGAGAAGCGGACCGUCGAGGACAAAAUAAGGAAACGCAUCGUCCUGACCUACGGCUACAUGUCGAACCAGUCCAAAGUCAGCGACGAGGACAUCUGGAGCUUCGUUCCAUGUGACAACGAAUCAAUGCGUUCUUGGGACAUGGUUUACAUAACGAUUCAAGUAACAAUCGACCGCUUUGGCCAGCGUAAGAUCAAGGUGUUACUUAACGACGACUACGAGUGUAGCGUGUGCACACGCAAGUUUCCGUCCCUCCUGAAGCUCAAGAAGCACACGGAGACUUGCAGGAGCAGCGAUUGUACUUGCCCUCCAGGGAAAAAGGUGGCCAAAUCGAUGCAAUGCACGCAUUGCACAAAGCGCUUUGCCAAGUCGUCGGAGCUGCAGGAGCACAAGAAGCUGCACGACGGAAGCUACUACAAGUGUUAUGCUUGUGGACGUGCUUUUUCUAGAUACUCCAACUUGAUGAGGCACAUUGCAAUCCACAAGGGGCAAGAGGCAAAUUAUAAGUGUGAUAUGUGUGGGUCUUCCUACAACUUUAUGUCCUCCCUGACUAGACAUAUUGUCCAACACCACAUUAGCAAAGAUAGGACUGCCAGUGAAGCCACCAGCAGUUAAUGAUGAUUUAGACUUUUUUACAUAACUUAAUAUGUAGGUGAUAUGAAUUUUUCUAACUUAAACCUUUUGUUACAUAAGUAAUGUUAAAAUUUCCUCUGUAAAUAGUAUAUUUAUUUUGUACAUUCUGAAAGUUUUAUAAUCAAAUAAAUAAAACAUUAUGCACUAAAACACUAA